CUAAACUCGGAAGAAACUAGUCCUCUGCGCGGAGGAAUCGGGCGGAUGCAUAUCCAAGUUGCGGGCCGCUCAGCUGAUGGUAAACUAGCAGCCAAGGCUAGUGGAGAGAAAAGAGGAGCUGGUGCACUGUCUGUUACAACUACAACACUGGAAGAAAUAGUGAAUGGUAGUGUCUAGAAAGGGUAUGUCCCUUCAGGAGAGAGGUGCCAAUGUCCAACCGGCCUAAUUCCAAUCCAGGGGGGUCACUGCGCCGUUCACAGAGGAACACUGCUGCGGCCCAGCCACAAGACCACACAGUCGCAGGAAGGUUGCAGUCAGAGCAGGUAAAACAAAAAGCAAAUUCCCCACCUGAAAGUAGAAGACCUAUUUCUAAGGCUUCCAAAGCCUCAACCAGCUCAGCCACUGGCCAGUCCAGAGGGCACAGCUCAAGAAGAAGUGGACUUGCUCUGUCUGUGGCAUCGUUUGUAUUGCAAGAAGACCCGGAGGCUGCAGGGACAUCAGAACAAGACAGACCGAGCCACCAGUCCAAGAGUGAAGGCACCCGAGGAUUGAAGCGAAGUGAAGCUCCCGACCAAAUUAGCACCUUAGGACCAACACUGACUAAAAAGCCCAAAUCGCAUUCAUUGCCCAGAGAUAAUACCUCAGAGACCAAGAAAGGUCCAGCAAAGAAAAGAUCGCUUCCCUCAGAACCACCUGUGUCGUCCAGUCGAGGACAGAGCAAGAAAAGAGGGGCGGUUGCGGCCUCACCGGUCCAGAAACGGAAGAAAGCGGACUCUCUCCCCGGUCUAAGUAGCGCGGCUGUGCCCCUACCUAAUCGUACAGAGGGCAGAACUGCUAAACCCACCAAGCUGGCGUCAAAAUCAGCCGCCUCAGCCAAAGCUGGGUGUAGCAACGUGACCGACUCCUCCUCUUCUGCAUCAACUUCCUCCUCCUCUUCCACGACAGGCCCAAACAGCUCUACCACGCCAGGCGCCCGCGUCAAACAAGGGAAAGACCAGACUAAGGCACGCCGUUCUCGCUCCGCCUCCAGCCCCUCUCCUCGGCGUAGUACCCUCGACAAAGAGCAGGCUAAAUCCACAAGCUCUUCGAAGUUUGAGUGGGCAACACGCUUCAACCCAAAAGUUAACCUGCCAAAACCCAAACUGUCUCUGCCUGGAUCGUCCAAAAGUGAGACCUCCAAACCAGGGCCUUCAGGACUACAAGCUAAACUCGCAAGUUUGAGAAAAUCCACUAAAAAGCGCAGCGAGUCUCCUCCAGCAGAGCUCCCCAGCUUUCGGCGGAGCACACGUCAGAAGACCACGGGCUCCUGUGCCAGCACCAGUCGGCGGGGCUCAGGCCUGGGCAAGCGUGGGGCAGCUGACGCUCGCCGACAGGAGAAAAUGGCUGACUCCGACAACAACCAGGAUGGGGCUAACUCGUCAGCUGCUCGCACUGAUGAGGCUUCACAGGGCGCUUCGGCUUCAAGCUCUGUUACCGGGGCAGUGGGCAUGACCACCUCUGGCGAGAGCGAGUCUGAUGACUCUGAAAUGGGAAGGCUUCAAGCUUUACUGGAGGCCAGGGGUCUCCCGCCACACCUAUUCGGACCCCUGGGACCCCGCAUGUCACAGUUGUUUCACAGGACCAUAGGCAGUGGUGCCAGCUCCAAGGCUCAGCAGUUACUACAAGGCCUGCAGGCUACAGGUGACGAGUCUCAGCAACUCCAAGCUGCCAUUGAGAUGUGCCAGCUGCUGGUGAUGGGCAAUGAAGAAACCCUCGGUGGAUUCCCUGUCAAAAGUGUGGUGCCUGCUCUGAUUACAUUGUUACAAAUGGAGCAUAACUUCGACAUUAUGAAUCAUGCCUCUCGUGCGCUCACAUAUAUGAUGGAGGCCCUCCCUCGAUCCUCAGCAGUGGUCGUCGAUGCGAUUCCCGUCUUCCUGGAAAAGCUUCAGGUGAUUCAGUUUAUUGACGUAGCAGAGCAGGCACUUACUGCCUUGGAGAUGUUGUCAAGGCGACACAGCAAAGCAAUUUUACAGGCUGGUGGACUUGCUGCCUGCCUACUUUACCUAGAAUUCUUCAGCAUCAAUGCACAGAGGAAUGCCUUGGCCAUAGCAGCCAACUGCUGCCAGAGCAUUACGCCAGAUGAGUUCCACUUUGUUUCUGAUUCUCUGCCACUGCUGACUCAGAGACUUGCACAUCAGGAUAAAAAAUCAGUUGAGAGCACAUGUCUUUGUUUUGCCCGACUCGUGGACAAUUUUCAGCACGAGGAGAAUCUUUUGCAAGAAGUGGCAUCACGAGACCUUUUGACCAACAUUCAGCAGCUGCUGGUAGUGACCCCUCCUAUACUUAGCUCUGGGAUGUUCAUCAUGGUUGUGCGCAUGUUUUCCCUCAUGUGUUCCAACUGCCCCUGCCUGGCAGUGCAGCUCAUGAAACAGAACAUAGCAGAGACGUUGCGCUUCCUCCUGUGUGGUGCAUCCAAUGGCAGCUGCCAGGAACAGAUUGAACUUGUACCACGGAGCCCUCAGGAGCUUUAUGAACUCACCUCCCUUAUAUGUGAGCUGAUGCCCUGCCUGCCCAGAGAGGGCAUCUUUGCAGUUGACCUAAUGCUGAAAAAGGGUAGCGCCCAGACAACUGAAGGAGUGAUAUGGCAAUGGAGGGACGAUAGAGGAAUGUGGCACCCCUACAAUCGCAUUGACAGCCGCAUUAUUGAGACAGCACACCAGAAUGGAGAAGAUGAGAUCAGCUUGUCAACUCUGGGUCGUGUGUAUACAAUUGACUUUAACUCUAUGCAGCAGAUCAAUGAAGACACGGGAACAGCGCGGGGUAUCCAGAGGAAGCCAAAUCCACUUGCAAAUCCCAGCUCCGGGAGUCACCAGGAAGUACGGAGAGAAGAUGCACGUGCCCAGCUAAUGAAGGAGGACCCUGAGCUGGCUAAGUGCUUUAUCAAAACUCUAUUUGGGGUCUUGUAUGAAGUGUACAGCUCCUCUGCUGGACCUGCAGUUAGACACAAGUGCCUUAGAGCCAUCCUCAGGAUCAUCUACUUUGCGGAUGCCGAGCUGCUGAAGGAUGUGCUGAGGAAUCAUGCAGUGUCCAGUCACAUUGCUUCCAUGCUGUCCAGCCAGGACCUGAAAAUUGUAGUAGGUUCUCUGCAGAUGGCUGAGAUUCUCAUGCAGAAGCUACCUGAUGUCUUCAGUGUCUAUUUCAGAAGAGAAGGUGUAAUGCACCAGGUUAAAAACUUGGCUGAAUCGGAGACCUUUCUAGUCACGAGUCCCCCUAAAGCUUGCCCUAGUAGUAGUACCAGUCUGUGUACCACCACCAUCAGCACGACAUCCACCACAUCUGCAAAUAACGCAGCUCCUGACCUGGGUUCACCUAGCUUCCAGCACAGCAUGGAAGACUCACUGGACCUCAGCCCACAAGGAAGGUUAAGUGAUGUCCUGAAGAGAAAACGAUUACCUAAAAGAAGUUCCAGAAGACCCAAAUACUCUCCACCAAGGGAUGAUGAUAAAGUAGACAAUCAGGCUAAAAGCCCCACGAGUACUCAGUCACCCAAAUCAUCCUUCUUGGCCAGUCUAAAUCCAAAAACAUGGGGCAAACUGGGUGCCCAAACCAAUAAUGCCACUGAGCCCUCACGUACAGCGGGCGUGAGUGGCCUGGCAAGGACCCCUCCCAAGGACUCCAUUUCAAAUAACAGAGACAAAAUCAAAGCCUGGAUCAAAGAACAGGCCAACAAGUUUGUGGAGCGGUAUUUCAAUUCUGAAAAUGUGGAUGGCAGCAACCCGGCACUGAAUGUACUUCAGAGACUUUGCAGAGCCACCGAGCAGCUCAAUCUGCAGGUGGACGGUGGUUUGGAGUGUCUAUUAGAGAUCUCCAGUAUCGUGUCAGAAUCGGAUGUGUCCUCGUUUGAGAUUCAACACAGCGGGCUGGUGAAGCAGCUCCUGCUUUACCUAACGUCCAACACAGACCGGGACUUGCUUAGUCGGGAUUUGCGACUAAAGCGGUUUCUUCACGUCUUCACUGGCUGCCCAGUCCCAGGAAUGGAACCUGUAAGUUGUCUGGACCCGACAGAAAAUGCAGCAUUUCUUGGAUUGGUUCACAAAAUUAACAGCUGCCUGAGUCAAAUGGAGCAGUUCCCUGUCAAAGUACACGAUUUCCCCAGUGGGAAUGGCAAUGGAAGCAGGGGCUCCCAGGCACUUAAGUUCUUUAACACGCAUCAGCUUAAGUGUCAGCUGCAGAGACACCCUGACUGCACCAAUGUUAAACAGUGGAAAGGCGGCCCUGUGAAGAUUGACCCUCUGGCCCUGGUGCAGGCCAUUGAGAGAUACCUCGUUGUUAGAGGUUAUGGCCGAAUCAGAGAAGAGGAUGAGGACAGUGAUGAUGAUGGUUCAGAUGAUGAAAUAGACGAAUCACUGGCUGCCCAGUUCCUGAAUUCUGGCAGUGUGCGCCAUCGACUACAGUUCUACAUUGGCGACCAUCUGCUGCCAUACAACAUGACCGUUUACCAGGCUGUACGACAGUACAGUCUUCAGGCAGAAGAAGAAAGGGAGUCCACAGAUGAUGAGGCAAACCCUCUUGGGCGAGCAGGCAUCUGGACCAAAACCCACACAAUAUGGUAUAAGCCAGUGAGGGAGGAUGAGGACGGCAACAAAGACACUGUGGGGGGCAAGAGGGGCAGAGCUCAGACUGCACCCACCAAAACUUCACCUCGUAACGCUAAGAAACAGGAUGAGCUGUGGCAUGAUGGUGUGUGUCCCGGUAUCGCCAAUCCAUUAGAGACGUACCUCUCAUCAGAGCCACCAGAGACCAUAACCUUUGAUGACCCAUCCCUGGAGGUCAACCUGCUGCUUAGGGUCCUGCACGCCAUCAGUAGAUACUGGUUCUACGUGCAUGAUAAUGCCGUGUGUAAGGAAAUCAUUCCCACUAGUGAGUUCAUUAACAGUAAGCUGACAGCCAAAGCCAAUCGCCAGCUUCAAGACCCACUGGUUAUUAUGACAGGGAACAUACCCACUUGGCUUAUUGAGCUUGGAAAGACUUGUCCUUUCUUCUUCCCCUUUGACACCCGGCAGAUGUUGUUCUACGUAACUGCCUUUGACCGUGAUAGAGCCAUGCAGCGCCUACUGGACACAAACCCUGAGAUCAACCAAUCAGAUUCUCAGGACAGCAGAGUUGCACCACGUCUCGAUAGGAAAAAGAGGACAAUAAAUCGAGAUGAACUGCUCAAACAGGCAGAGUCUGUGAUGCAGGACCUUGGAAGUUCACGGGCGAUGUUGGAGAUUCAGUAUGAGAAUGAGGUGGGCACAGGUCUUGGUCCUACUCUGGAGUUCUAUGCUUUGGUGUCUCAGGAGCUCCAGCGGGCAGACCUUGGACUGUGGAGGGGUGAAGAGGUCACGCUGACCAACCCUAAAGGAAGUCAAGAGGGAACGAAGUAUAUGUUCAGUUCAAGAGGACUCUUCGCUGUUCCCUUCGGCAGGACAACCAAACCAGCUCAUAUAGCCAAAAUCAAAAUGAAGUUCCGCUUUUUGGGAAAGCUAAUGGCCAAAGCCAUAAUGGACUUCAGACUGCUGGACCUGCCACUGGGGCUGCCAUUUUAUAAGUGGAUGUUGCGGCACGAGAUGUCUAUAAGCUCCCAUGACCUGGUGAACAUUGAUCCUGGUGUGGCUAAAUCUAUCCAGCACUUGGAGGAUAUCAUUCGCCAGAAAAAGAGGCUGGAACAGGACCGAUCACAGACAAGAGAAACUUUACAGCAGGGGCUGGAGAGCCUGAACAUGAACGGCUGCUCAGUGGAGGACCUCGGGUUGGACUUCACACUCCCGGGAUUCCCUAACAUUGAGCUGAAAAAGGGUGGCAAAGAUGUACCUGUCACGAUAUACAACCUGGAGGAGUAUCUCAGGUUGGUGGUGUACUGGACUCUAAAUGAAGGCGUGUCGAGACAGUUUGAGUCUUUUAGGGAAGGCUUUGAAUCCGUCUUCCCGCUACAUCACCUGCAGUAUUUCUAUCCAGAAGAGCUAGACCAGCUGCUGUGUGGCAGUAAGUCAGAGACGUGGGACGUCAAGACGCUGAUGGAGUGCUGUCGACCGGAUCAUGGCUACACACACGACAGCCGGGCCGUGCGGUUCCUCUUCGAGGUGCUGAGCAGUUUCGACGCCGAGCAGCAGAGACUAUUUCUGCAGUUUGUCACGGGAAGCCCACGACUGCCUGUUGGAGGUUUCCGCAGCCUGAACCCCCCGCUGACAAUUGUGAGGAAGACCUUCGAGUCGACCGAGAACCCCGACGAGUUCCUCCCUUCAGUUAUGACCUGCGUCAACUACCUGAAGCUGCCUGACUACUCCAGCAUAGAGAUCAUGCGAGAGAAACUGUUGACUGCGGCUCGAGAGGGCCAACAGUCGUUCCACCUUUCCUGAUCUUUCACCAUCUCACAUUCAAAUGCCUUCUUCAGCGACUGAUGAAAUCAUGACUUCCUUCUUUUUUUUUUUUUUUUUUGUAAUCACAUCAAGGCUACAUACAUGUACAGCCUUCUUGUUAGAGAAGCAGCUUGCAGAAACUUUAAAUAUAUAUUUGCUGCCCCGACUCUCAAGAAAAACGAUUUAAAAAAAACAACCCCACAAAUAGCAAAAGGUGUUCCAUGACACACAGACAGUUAAAAUGUAAAAGAGAGUAAAACUUAUAUCAGUAGUUGAGUCAUGUUAAAAAAAAAUUAUGAAAACAUUUGGGUGACAUUUUAAAUUGCAUUGCUGUGAUAUUUAAGGAAAAAAAAAAAGAAAAAAAAAGGGAUGACUCCUCUCCAAAGUGGACAAUGUCUGGGUGGGAGAGUAGAGGCGCCAUCAAGCAAGCUCGGUUUACUUUAGCUCCAAAGAUCGUUUGUACAGACAAAUUUGCAGACUUUGCUCAUUCUACACAUUUGCUAGAAUAGCUCUUUUGUUCCCACAGGCGUCUGUCCGCAUUCCCCUCAUUUUGUGUGUGAGUGAGUGAACGCGUCCGACCUCGUUUAACGUUCCCUCCUGUCGCUUCAAGUUGCGUAAUCGAGAAUGUGGGUAGUGAUGAACGCAUAUUCUCAUUUCCACCAACUCUCCCCCUCUUAAGUUGAGAUUGUGUUCUGGCCCCCAGCUUCUAGAGAGCUUCAUCUCGAAAAGAAGCAUUGUUACCAAUGUGUUGAUCUGGUUCAGGUGUGUUGCUCUUAUUUUGACCACGUGAAAACGUCUCUUGGAUUGGUAGGGUUAUCAAGAGCGACCCUCAACACAUAAUGUAGCUGGGCACAAACCUUUGACUGCUCUCAUUUUGUUGUUUCACGGCCAGGCAACAUUUCAAUUUCAUUUAUGGAGUUUAUAUGCAGUUUCAAACCCUCUUUGAGGUGAGAAUGUCUGCUUUUCCUUUUUUUUUUUUUUCCAUUUUCUAUAUGGUCUAUUUCUUUGCUGUAGUUUUUUUUCUUUUCUUUGCACUGCUGGCUUGGAAAAAACAAUAGUGGUGUGCACCUGCAGUCUGUGGCCAGGGGAGGGCGUCACUGUCUGCAUUCCUGGCCCAAUCGUUCAUGUGCUGGUUUCUAAGAUCUGCAAUAAUUUACUGCAUCAGGUUCAUGUUUUUACCUGAACAUAAAUAAAGUAACUGUUUGACUCAA